UGUGAGGACACGCAAGGUGUCGCUCUCAGGUCAAGGAAUGUUUACAAUUUGGCAGGGUGAGAGGGCACCGAGAUCGUAAAAUCUGGUUUGCAGAGUCCGCGGUGCUGCUUGAGCAAUUUUUUAAUGAAAAGAUGUAUUAUGUUCCCAUCAAUUGGAUAUUUACGGGUAGAUUUUGAUGGAAAGGAGAGAUGCUGCAGAAGAAUCAUUUCCAACACUGGGGACAUUUAUCUACGUAACCCACCAAACCUAUGAUAAUCUUAGAAUCAAGCACCAGAUAACAGUAUUGUCUGUCCAGAAGAACUCACUGUCCAACCAUUAUACUGGUUAUUUUACUGAUUUACAAGUUGGAUAUUUAUUGCCCACAGAUUUUAGAGAACUUUACAGCUCACACAAUCAGAUAUGACAGGUCCAAAAGGAGCGGGCGGGGCUUCCUCUGGAAACCACGAAGAUGAAAGUCGUCCAGUGCUGUUGAAAGCUCAAACCUCCCGCACCUACGCCUUUGUAAGAUUCAUUAACAAAACAGCCCGUCACGUAGAUGUAAUUUGGCUGAAUUACGAAGGUGCUAGAGUCCGCUAUAAGACUCUGAGUCCAGAACAAUGGGUGGACGUUAACACUUUUGUUGGUCACCCCUGGAUAUUCCGUGACAGUGUUUCUGGGGACAGACUGGUAGUGCAGCAUGAGGCAGUCUAUGAACCAGAGGGAUGGAAUAUAGAGGAAGGAUGGCCACCUACCAGAAGACUGGUCAGCAUCACUAUACCGGUUUAUCCCCUGAAGGAAAGGUGCAUCCAGUUGAUAAGAAGAUACGUAAAAGAUGAAGAUAUCAGUAGUUUAGAAAUACCUAGAUCAUUACAGCAAGACAUUAGAAACACCAGAAGCAACUUUGUUCCUUUGAUAGACAGACAGGCGUUAUUGAAUGAACAGCAGCAGCAAAUACAACAACAUUUAGUGCAGCAACAGCAACAUCAUCAACACCAUCAUCAUCACCAAGAACCACAGUUGUAGUGUUAGUUAUUAUGUUUAUGUGUAGUGGCUGUGUGUAUGUGCUUAGAGGAAUCCUGUGGCUGAUUUAGACAGGGGGUUAGGGGGGGUCCUGAGUCCUGACCCCCC